AUGGAAUCAUCCAAGUGGAAGGCGAGUGUGAUGGCCCAUGUCAUCAUCCAGUGGAGGAAGAGUAUGAUGACCCAUGUUGUCAUCCAAAGAAAAUCUCUUCAUGAAAACAAAUUGAAGAGACUGCAGGACAAGGUGGAAAUCUUGGAGGCAAAGAAAGAAGAAUUGGAAACAGAAAAUCAGGUGUUGAAUAGACAAAACGUUCCAUUUGAAGAAUAUACAAGGCUUCAAAAGAGACUGAAGGACAUUCAGAGACGACACAAUGAGUUUCGGAGUCUCAUUCUGGCUCCCAACAUACCCACAGCAGCGCCCCUCCCUCCCUCUGGCUUCCCGCUGUCAGCCAUGCUUCCAGGUCUCGAGCUGGCCUUCCCUCCUCACAUGCAGGAGGAGCAGCACCAGAGGGAACUCUCUCUGCUUCGCAAAAGACUCGAAGAGCUAGAAACAACACAAAGAAAGCAGCUGGAGGAACUGGGAUCCCCUGGAGAGUGAUGUUCUUGGGAAAGGCAGAGCGAGAGAACUGAAAUCAGUGACUCAAUAAAGCUGGAAGCUGUGACAUACAUGGCAUGUGAAUACUGCGUUACUGUUUGCCAAAGUACUUGACUGUGCCUCAAGCAAGGGUGCCAGCUAGUGCUGUGUGGCACAGCCCGGGCCAUAGGGUUGAGCUAGGGAGCUAGGGAAGAACAGUAGGGGACAUGUCAGGAUCCUGAGAACACUGGUGGACAGCACCUUGGGAAUGUGAAGCAAAAACUAAAAGGACUAACUAGGAAAUCAAGUUUUUAGAUUAAUUUUACUUGGUUGAAUUGUGUGGCAUUUUGCCCGCAACUUGUCCGUCCUGAAUUCCCCUGUACCCUGGAGCUGCUUGGUAAUUGCAGGGUCCGUGAGCAUCUUCUGGUUUGCUCCAAACAAAAUUAUAAACUAGUGUUUGAAAAAAAGGUGAUGGUUUAAAGUCAGCAUAGAAAAGUCACUGUAAAGGUAUCUCACAUUACAGGAGAUAGCCUUUUCCAAAAAUUGUGUGCACGUAAUUUAUUGAAGAGCUUAAUAAAUAUUUUUCUAUCUA